GGCGCCAGGAGUCCAACCAACACUUCGACCUCCCCCGUAUGCUUGCAUUGUUUCCACGACGCAGACCAUGACCGCGACAGACCACGCCUCAUCAUCAUCAACAUCAUAUCCCCCGCAAAGGUCAAAGCCACCUCCUGGUCAAUUGCGCAGCUACCUCAUCAGCACAGAGACGGACGCAGUCAGGGACCUUCGCCUCCAGAUCACCCUCGACGAAGGCGGGGGCCACAGUCGUACAACGCCUCUGAAUCCUCCUCGCCCCCUCUACUUUCGUCAACGCACCCUCACACCUCGCGAUGAGAUCGUCGACCGCCUCGUAGAUGCUGCGACUGGCAAAGCUUCUUGGACGAUCCAUCGCCCGACUAGAGGAUGGUACCAGCAUAUACGCUCCCCGCUCCUCCCGCCUGGAGGAUCCAUCCCGCUUCGUCCUGCUCGACCUGACUUUGUCACGACCACGAUGGGCGUGCAAGAUCCAACCAGUACGCCUUUGACCUUUUCGCUCACUACAAGAGUGAAUGAGGCGGCACUACCUAAUUGCAAGGCGUGGAUCGACGAUGUACGCAAAGCAGAGGAGGCGGACAUGGGCGUCGGUCACCGGGACGAUCAAGAUCAAGCAGCAGCUGAAGACUUCACAGCAGUCGAUCUGAGUGGCAGUAGCGCAAACAUCGCUCGACGCAGUGUCUCUGGUAGCUCUAGGCAGUCAAGCAGCCAAUGGUCGCCAGGCCACGCAGCUCGCACUUCAUCGGUCUCAUCGACUCCGCAGCUUUCCCUCGACCCUGGUGCUGCUGGCGGCAACUCUCACGCUCGCCGGCGGUCCUCGAACAAGACACCAGCAGCCAGCCCGGACAUGCGCAGGAAACAGUCAAUACCAACGUUUGAGGGCGUACGAGAGGAAGAAGCGGGCGAAGAAGACGCGAAUCAGCAGGCAUGUACCAUCCCGCAGGCACCCUCCCCCGCCUCCACGACCGCUUCUGCAAAGCCAGCCCAGUGCUAUUUCCUUCUCCUCGACGGAGCUGCUCGUCUGCCUCCUCCGUCAACGAGCAGCGUCGCCUCCUCGCUCGCCCCAGGUCGCAUCUCGGAAGGCUCUCAACGGCUGGGUUGGGCACGUUGGGCAUGGAGCUUAAUGCCGGAGCCUCUACGUCCUCAAUUGGCUUUUGACACGACGAAGAGCUUCUCAGUGCGAUGGAUCGAGGUCGCGGCCGCUGUGGCCGCAAGCGGAGUCAACGGAUCUAACAGCGCUAGCAACGGUGCGAAGCCUGUGACGUCAGUUGAGGUAAUGAGAUACGAGGACGAAGGGUCAGGAUGGUCAUCGGUCUUCGAUGGUCGCACGAGGGGCAGAUUUGUCUUUCAAGAGGAAGCAGUCAAGGCACUGCGGAUCGAUCGAGCCUUUUGGAUGGCGGUGCGUGCAGGCGACGGCGACGGCGACGGCGACUAGAUGUGGCCCUCAUCGUUUCAUCUGACCUUCAAAUUCUCCUUGCCUCGCUGCGCAUACAGGUCGGUCUGGCCUACCUCGAAUUCCUAGAGGAGCGAGAUGGCUAUAACGCUGCCAGUGGAGGGUGAUGAUGACGAUACGAGGCCUCGGCGGGCAGAAUCCCGUUGCAUUUGCACAGCACC